GACUGUAUAUAAACGGUAGUGCCAUAACGGUAGUUAUUUCAACGAAAGUUGUAAAGUAGUAGGUGAUAAGGUGUCCCACAAGACGUUGUAAUGUGCUGCUCCUCCACACCUCGCCCCGCACUUCAGAGGCACUGUAGCCGCGUGUCUCAGCCAGAUACUUCCGUGACAAAUGUCUUCACGUUUGAACACAUCCCAGAUAGCAACACUCGUAGCCGGGCACCUGCACCACUAUCUUCACACAGACAUAAAAGCCAGCAUCCCAGGAAGCGAGUGCGAAGGGUACUUUACCCACGUAGAGUGAAGAAGUACCUACCCGCUGAGCAGAAAGACAUGGCAAAGAGAGCUCUCUUCCUGUUACUGACAAUUGUUUUCUAUCAGGUGUGUGACAAUACAGAGACCUACCCAAAGGAGGUGGUGGUGCAGACUACAGCAGCUCAGACACAGCUUCCUAAGUACCGGAUGCAUAUGGAGCAACAGCAUCAGAAGGGCCUGGAGGCGAACAUCUCCUGUCAAGAAAUUCAGACCCUACCAUCAGUGCAAAUUCCCUUCAAAUUUACAAGAGUGCUGUCAGUGAAUCAAGAAGCCUGAUAU